UUCGUUGUCGUCAUUUCCGGGAACACCGGAUGUACGUCAGUGCGCUGUCGAAUUCAUUGUUUUUACUUGAGACCGCGAUUGUUACAGUAAGUAGACCAUGAGUCUGCCGGCAGCACCACCCAGCUAUGCUGAAGCUACAGCAGGAGAUAAAGAACUAAGAGCUGGAAACUUGAAUUAUGCCAGUCAGCCACCCCCAAUGCCCCCUACAGCCAUGCCCAUGCAUCCCAGCUGGGCAUAUGUGCAUCCCGGUCCCAGUCCUGGAUAUUCGAAUGCUUACGCUGCAGACAUGUCCUCACCCUUCUCUGAUCCGAGCUCCAGCAGUAGCUUUGAUGGUCUUAAUGUGAACAAUUGGGAAGACAAGAAUAUCCGGCGCAUGUUCAUCAGAAAGGUCUUCUGUAUCCUCAUGGUUCAGCUCAUGGUUACGUUUAGUGUGGUGUCCCUUUUUACAUUUUGCGAGCCUGUCCGAAAGUUUGUUCAAUACAAUAGGGUGUUUUAUCUUACCUCAUACAUGACUUUUAUGGGAACCUACCUGAUGCUUGUAUGCAGCUCAAAUGCACGACGAAGAUUUCCUACCAACAUGAUUCUUCUUGGAAUUUUUACUUUGGCAAUGUCGUAUAUGGCAGGCAUGCUUGCCAGCUACCAUAAUACCAAAGUGGUGAUGAUGUGUAUAGGUAUCACAGCUCUGGUGUGUCUGGCCAUCACGCUCUUCUGUUUCCAGUCCAGGGUUGACUUCACCAGCCGUCACGGAUUACUUUUCUCCCUCAUGAUGGUGUUGAUGAUAACUGGUCUUCUGCUAUUCUUCACUGCACCGUUUGGAUAUAUACCAUGGAUGCACACUGCUUAUGCUGGAUUUGGUGCAUUGGUUUUCACCCUGUUUUUGGCGUUCGAUAUGCAGCUGUUGAUUGGCAACAGACGGUACUCUCUGAACCCAGAGGAGCACGUGUUCGGAGCGAUCUGCCUCUACAUGGAUGUCGUCUACAUAUUCCUCUUUUUCCUUCAGCUCUUUGGAAGUCGUGAGUGAGUUGAUUAAGCGGCACCCCCCUUAAGACCGGGCUGGACUUCAGCCUUAUCCUCUGUUAAAAACAUAAAUACACACCCUUCUCAAUUACUCCAAGGUUUGGCGAGGAGCGAGCAGUCUUCCUUCAUUCUGUGUGGCAGUUGAUGUGUGAUGUUUUUAUGUACUGAUCAUGGUUAUGUGGGCCUUUGCACAACUGGUAUGCACCUGAGCUGUGAGAUAACCACACUACCAAUCAGAUAAACGCAUGCCGUUUAGGGUAGACAAUCACUGCAACGUGGCUAUUGAGGAGGGUGAUCGAAUGGGAAAGUAAUUUUUGUGUCCCCCAGUCAACGUGAUUUGAAAUGCCCUGAAUCAUCUGCAUAAAAAAACGUUUCAAAUUCCAGCAUAGAAAAAGUUAAAUGUGAUUUAGUGGGGAACAUAGGGACAGUAUUUGACAAAGGUAUUAUCUAUUCGUUUGCACGUUAUAAUUAAUCUUACACCGGACAGGCAGAUCUUUGCUGAUGAUUAUUAAAAAUAUAUUAAUCUUAGGCUUCGCAUCUGCCGUUAAAAAUUAGAGCCAGAGAGGUCCGUAUGUGAACGUUUGUUUUUCUUGUGCAAUAAGGAUAGCAGAUAUACCUAAAGAUAGUUGUUGCAGUAUUUUGUGCCUCCUUUGAAUGCUGGUUGAUAAUGAAGUAUUGUUGUUGUAUGCACAGUUUUAUGGUUGCUUUAUACGUGCAGCCAAAUCCAUAAAAUAUGCUGUGUGCCAAAAUGUAUUCCUAUCACGUGAUGAUGGCAGAGUUUUCCGUUGUGGCACUUAGUCCAACAGGCAGGUGGUAAGGUCUGCAAUACUGUAUAUGUCUAUCAAUUGCCUGAUUUGUACGUGUGUGAUGCUUGGGUGUUAACUUUCAAGACUUGUUGCUUUUAAAGAUGUAGUGUGUAAAUUUUAGCGGCAUCUAGUGGCGAAGUUGCGAAUUGCAACCAAAGGCUCAGUCCACUGCUCAUCUCUUGCUUUUGAAACACAUAGAGAAGCUACGGUAGCCACCACCGGACAAACAUGUCAUCGCCAGAGACAACUUAGUAAAAGAGUUUGUCCGUUAAGAGCUUCUGUAAAAACAUGCCGGUACAAAAUGGCGACCUCCAUGUAAGGGGACCCUCUGUGUAUGUAGAUAAAAACGGCUCAUUCUAAUGUAAUAAACACAUAACAGUUCAUUAUGAAAGGUCUUUAUACACCCUUGAUAAUAUAGUUUUGUAUAUUAUUUUGCAUUUCUGUCAAGAGAUUCUUCUAAAAAUUACACACUGUACCUUUAAAAAUUUCUUCUUUUCACUUUUGAGUAAAAUGUUUUAAAUAUAAAUUAAAAAAAAGAGACAAAAGAAGGUGGGUGGGUGGUUUGGGUGCAUCUUUUAUUUACCAUGAGAUGGGGCUUAUUUUCUACAAUACAUCUGUCUCCUAAAAACUUAUAGGUAUAGAUAGUAUGAGUGUUUUUUCUGUAACUUACACCUGUAUUAACAUUCCUCUUUGCUUGCAUUUUAGUAAUGUUUCUUUAAGCUAAACAUUCUUCUUCUGGAUAAAUGGCAUUUUUUCCAAGAAUAGAAAACAUACCAAUACACUUUUUCCUGAUUUAAUGUUAAUAAAAUGUUAAACUAAAAUAAGUGACAGUUUGAAAAAGAAAAUAUGUACAUAUUUUUUUCAGACAUCCAAUUUUUUUGCAAAAAAACUGACAUUGAAAGCUAUUUUUCUGUCAUGAUGUGACCUUGGUUUAUUAAAGGUCACCUAAUAUAAAAAAAUACUUUUAUAUGUUGCACAUAAUUUUGGGUCGCUUGUGUAUGCGCAACCACCCUGUAAUGAUAAAAACCUGCCCAGUUUUUUAAAAUUAUCCUCUAAAACCUCAUAGGACGAGCUGUUGCUGUGUUCUGAUGUCACUUUGCACAGACUCCGCCCACAAUCAUUCAAAAACCACAGUUUCCAUUUUAAAUCUUCUUUACAGAAUUCGUUACUGCAUGGUCAUUAUGAACAAUGAAGGUGAUUGACUUAUUAAAAACGGUGUAUAUUUUCGGUGUAGGGAAAGGUCAAUUGGAAGGAAAGCAGCAGCUGAUUUGCAUUUAAAACGACGCACACAUAAACAGCACUUUUUCCUGCACACCCUUUCAACAUGGUCUAAUACGAUCUAUAGGGUAUUUUGGACAUAAAACUAUGUACAUUCUUGGGACACCGAAGACUAAUAUCCCGUCUCGAAAAGUUAUAUUAGGUGACCUUUAAUAAGAGAUUUUUUUAAAGAAGGAUUGAAAUUGUGAUGAUCUUUGUAUUUUUGUGCAGUUAAUAAUAAUUAUGUGCAUAUUAAGUGUGAGUGACUUUUUGUGUACAUGUGGAUCACCCAAUGCCUUUCCCAUUGCUGUGUGCACUUGUGUGUCUACAAAGUGAAUACGUUUAACCUGUAAAUACUGCAUGAUCUGUGAUGAUGAGACUAUUGUUGUGUCACCGACUGUGUGUUAACUUGGAACUGAAAAGUGAUUACGAGAUACUGUGUAGAAACCUUAACAGUUCUUUAGUAAAAUUAAUAAAAAGAACAAUGAAUAAAAA